AUGCCGAGUUCGGACAUGGCUUCGGUGGUCCGAAGGAAAGGCUUCAUCAACUGGCCGGAGCCUCUACAAGGUCCGGACUACAUCUACAAGAAUGACCGCAAAUCAAAUCCGGCCCUCCGAGGCUUGGUAUUGGUGGUUGCGGCUUGGCUAAUGGAGACGUUCCGCUUCAUUCGCGAGACGAUAUGGCGAAAUGCCGGUUUUGGAGACCUGAGAAAGAUCCAGCUUUCCAUUGAGGACUAUGAACCUCUGUUUGACCCUACUGUCAUCCCUCUUGAGGACCCGUUGCUCUCCGCCACGGACGCAGAGGCUGAACCGCCUUCUGAGCUCAGGCGUCGGGCCAAGUUCCCUGAUGGAGCUCGAUACUACUCGGCCGCCGACUAUCGUGCCCUGUACCUCUCCGGCGAGCUGACACCACUUGACGUGGCGAAGGCUCUGCUGCCCCUGAUCCGGAGAGACAUCACGCCACGAGGCCCCCACUCGGUGGCCUGGUUCGACACCAAAGUGGACUUGGUUCUCAAGGCUGCCAAAGCCUCGACCCAGCGUUACCAGGAGAAGCGGUCACUCGGCCCGUUAGACGGCGUGCCUACUGCGGUCAAGGAUGAGUACGACAUGGAGGGCUACAUGUCGUGCCUCGGCUCGGUCAACGACUACACGGGCACCAUCACAGAGGACAACAGCACGACGGCAUGGUGUGUGAGAAAGGUUCAAGAUGCGGGCUGUGUUAUCCUGGGCAAGCUCUCCAUGGUCGAGUUCGGAUUAGAUACCCCUGGAAACAACCCCAACUACGGAACACCACCCAACCCACAUAAUCCUAAUUACUACACUGGCGGGAGCUCUUCUGGAACAGCAUACGCAGUCAGUGCCGGUCUGAUUCCCAUCGGCCUGGGCAGUGAUGGUGGUGGUAGCAUCCGAAUCCCGGCCUCCUUCUGUGGCGUCUACGGCAUCAAGCCGACGCAUGGGCGGAUUUCCUUCAAACCAGGCCAGAAUCACUGCAUCACCUGUGCCUGUCUCGGGCCCAUCGCAUCGGAUAUUCAGUCUCUGGCAACUCUUCUUGAGGUCAUUGGCGCGCCGCACCCUUCAUCCCACUUUCCCCCUAUCCCGCCAGUCUCUCGCAUGCUAGCGCCUGCCGCAGACGACUCCAAAGUUCUCGGCAUCCCGGAGGAGUGGUUCGCCGCCUCGGAGCCGGCCGUGCAGGAGCUCUGCCGCUCCUUUAUCAAGACGCUCGUGGCGCAACACGGUUACCGCACGGUGCCUAUCCGCAUCCCCUUCCUGGUCGAGGGCCAGAUGGCGCACGCGCUGACGGUGCUGACGGACGCGUCAACGCUGCUCCCAGACACGCGGGGGCUCACGGCCGCGAAUCGCAUUCUGCUGGCUAUUGGACGAUCUUCGCCAGCGACAGACUUCCUGCUGGCGCAGAAGCUGCGCCGUCUGCUGAUGCAGCACCUGGCAUGGCUGUGGCGCGAGCACCCAGGCAUGCUGAUCGUGACGCCGACGACGUCGUGCGCGGGGUGGCCGGUCCGCAGCCCCGGGGAGCUCUCGCGGGGGGUGAGCGACGGCGACCAGACGCUCAAGACGAUGGAGUACGUGUGGCUGGCCAACUUCUGCGGGCUGCCGUCGAUCGCGGUGCCGGCAGGCUUCGUGACGCCCGAGGGCCAGCCGGGCGCGGGCAGCGUCGCGGAGAGGACGACCCGGGGCAGGGUGCCGGUGGGCCUGAUGGCGACGGGCGAGUGGGCGAGCGAGGCCCAGCUGCUGCGGUUCGGGCUGGAUGCCGAGGAGGUGGUCGCCGUCGGGGCGAGGAUGGACAGGCCGCCUAUCUGGGUGGAUGCGGUUGCGCUGGCGAAGGACGAGGCGGAGAGGAGGCGGAACAGCGUCUGA